AAAAUUCAUCAGGUUUUCAUGUAUAUAUCUAUGUCUACAGAAUGCAUGUGCUCGAAAAGGAGUAGGAUGAAGUUUACACUUUUCUUGUUCCUACCCCCUUUAUUUCAAAUUUAAAUGCUUACAAAUCCAUAUCCACGUUUAGAACUGCUUUAGAGGUUUUCUUUGGCACUGGAGAAUAAUACAAGCUCUAAAACACAAACAUCACACUGAAAACAUUCACAUGACCUUUGAAGUAAACGCAAGCUUGAUUGAUGUCUUCAAGUUUAUAUCCAAGUUCACAGGAGGUGAGAAAGAAAAGAUGAAGCUGUUUGCUGUUAAAUGUGUGCUGACGACAGGUAUGCCGCCAAUCAGCCGUGACUACAACACCCACUGCCGGUGCCUGCAGGUGGAGUCGAGGAUCAUCCCUCCAGACAACCUGAGGAGCAUCAAACUGUUCCCUGAGGGGCCUCACUGCCCAGACACAGAAGUCAUAGCUGGACUGGCAAACGGAGCAAAGGUUUGUCUGAACCCUCAUUCCACCUGGGUGAAGAAGCUGAUCUUCUUUCUGGAGAAACAGCAGUUGGGAAAGGCCUCCAAGAAACGGGCAUAAAUCCUGCAGUUGUCUCCAACUACCUGACCACUGAGCCAUGACUGAAGCCAAUAUUUAACCCACUUUGGCUUUUUGCUUUUCUUUUUUUUUUGCUACUUUAUUUUAUUUCUGUAUGUAAUGUAUGGAAUAACACUGAUUUUUAGAAAAAGAAAAGCUUCCUGUUUUCAGAGUGUUAAAGGGAAAAAAAACACCAGUCAAGUGAUUGUAUGAGCAGAUCUUGCAUGUAGCAUUAAAUAUGUAGCACUGCAACACGUAACACUGUACUUCCUUUUUUCUACUUCCUUUGGUGAAUCUUCUUGAUCAGCAGCAACAAAUGAUUUAAUGCUCAGUAAAGAAACGGUAACACUUUAUAUUAAGUGCACACUAUUAAGCAUUAGUUAAUGGUUACUUAAUUAUCUCUACAGCAUCUACAAAGUAUUUCUCAUGAUCAGUUAAUAGUUUACAAGCACUGCUUUAAACACUUUAUUCAUGAUGAAUAAGCUAAUGUAUGACACUUUUUAUUAAUUAUGUUUUCAUGUUCUAAAAUUCAUUGAUUAAUCAUUUAUAAGUCUUCAGGGAAGUUGCUUCCUCUUAAAACAAAGACAGAUUAUAUUUUGUUGUUUUUUUACAUGGUGAAAUGUGGUGAGAGUCCACCAUUGUUAUCAGCUUAAAAAAAAAAAAAAAGACAAGUUACAUAUUCCAGAUGAUUGGUCAAUCGUUUGUAAAAAAAAAACAAACAAACAAACAAACAAAAAAAAAACUGACACACUUGAUUUUUGGUUUGUAUGUUUUUUAUUAUUAUUUUACUGUUAUAAAUUCUGUAGUUUUAUUUUAAUGAUCACACAUGUGAUACACUUUAUGUAAAGAGCUACAGGUCACAUAGUUUGCAUCCAGCCAAGUUCUGUAUUACUUCAAAUAUUGGCUGAUUGUUUAUGACACUGUUUUUAUUUUUGUAUCAACAUUUGUGUGUCCAAUCUGUAAGCAUUGUUCUGAUGUUUUUGUGACUGGGAUCUUAAAAAAUACAGUGUG